AUGUCUAAAGAUUUUAGAUUAAAUACGGCUUUUGACGAGAAUUCUGUCGGUUCUCUUCUUGAAGGAAGGUCUACAGACUUAUCCUCACCUUCUAGAAACACACUUCCUCUUAAUGAGUUGCUUGCUAGAAUUGUUGCACAGGAGGGACCAUUCGUGAAUUUGAAAGAAUCUGUUUUGGAAAAAAAGAUCGAAAAUGAAGAAAAACGGAAUAAGGAAUUUAAUGUUAAUAAUGAAAGUCAAAAGAGUAAGGGUUCAAAUAGUAGCGGAGAAGUUAAAAGUUUAGAAAAUGACGCUAAUCCUUCUAAAAUGUCUCCAAACAAGGGUGAAAUAAAAAGGAAGCUGAUGUCCACGGAGGAGUUUUUGGAGAAAAAAGAGGAAGCGGUGAAAGAUGUUGAUACGGCAUUAAAUGAGUCCUCCUUAUCCUUGGAUUUUGUAUCUCUUUUAAUUUCCUCACUACGUCCUGCUGCUGGCUCUUUGUCCAUGUCACCAAAAUUAAAGCAAUCAGUUAAAACCGGUUCUCUUUCAAGUGCAGUCAUCAAACCGCAAGCAAGGGAUAGUGCUGAAGUUGUUGCUGUACAUGAAAGAAAGGGUAAAGCUGUGGGCCGCGGUUGGAAACUUCAAAGUCUUUCACAAGCUGCACGGGAUCUAAGGCUGGCUUCAGAAUGUUUGCAGAACGAAGUAUCGAAGGAGGAAAUUUACUGGAGCAGCAUGUUGAAAAUUGUUCAUUCUGAUGAGGUGAUAAUUCCGAUUAGUCCUGCGGAUGGUCGUUCAGCAAGACAGAUCGGUGUGAAGUACGGCUUUGGUGAUGCCGGAUCAGUGUAUUAUGACAAAGGUAUUGGUUUACUACGAAAAGAUAAUGACACGGGGAAAAUGUAUUUUGAAAAGCAGCGAUCUUUAUCCCAGGUCCGUGGUAUUCAAAAUGAUAAUGAUUCGGAUUCUGAGAAGUUGGUUCUUAUUAAGUUGUACAAGCAUAGUUCAACUACACAAAAUGCUGAAAAUGGCAACACAGAUAUCACAUUGGUUGGGGAGGCAAGUGCAAUUGAUUCAGUUCCGGAGCAAACAAACUAUGAUAAUGGAUCCGUGGCAGGAAAAUCCAAGGUUCUGUGUGAUAUUAAGCGAGCACGGUUCUUUCUAUUUGAGGAAGAGCUUUUUUAUCAGCUUGUUAAGGAGGCUGCGACGCUUGGUGCCCUUCAAGUUAAGGUUGAAAGUGAAUGCAUUACCGUAGAAUUACGUCAUUUAAUGCUUAAAAUUUUGUUCUUGCCUUUAGCUGAGAUCAAAGACACGAAAUAUCAUCCGCCCGCAACUACUGAGCAAUUCAACCGAAAGGCUAAGGAGAUCUCGAUAUUUUUCCACCUAAUGCUAUGUUCCCAGCACAGGCACAAUCUGCAAAGAAAAUGCUUACCACCAGUUUCGUUAAGUAAGCAGCAGUUAUAUAAUACUCAGCAACUUGCACAGUCCGUUGUCAUCUUAAUCCGACCUCUUUUAGCUUAUCAAAGGCACCAUAGAAACAUCUUGAAGGUUAUGACUUCAAUUAGGUUGAUAUUGAUGGACUUAGAACUGAAAGAUUCAAAAAGGGUUGAUGAUAUUAUGACGAAGCAGCUAAGAUUAAUGUUGUGCUGUAAUGAUCCGAAUAGACUAACACGUUAUUCCAGGAAAGACAAGCUUAUAAAGAAUAAUCCAUUUAUAAGGUGCUUGAUCUCACCACUUUCCUUAAUGGAGCUAAGAUAUAAAAGAGUGAGAAUUCUGAUAGAAUUGACUUCGGAUUUAACUGCCUCUUUUUCUAGUAUCAACCUCAAAAUAGAUGCCACUAAAGAAGAGCUAUCGUCAGGAAAUGCAAAUGUUCUUGUUCCUGAGGCCCCGGUAGAUUAUAGUCUACCAAUUGCCGAUCUAACGUUCAAUGGUACAACUGAGUUUGGGGAUAGUCUCUGGUGGAUUAUGCAUAAUACACCGGAGAUACAAUAG